AGGACGCAUGCUCGGCUCAUUUCUGGAGGAGGGGAGUCACAGUUCCUUGUUGGGGGAGGAAAAGAGGAGGAGGAGGAGGAGGAGAACAGUUCCUGAUCUCUUUUGGGGAAAUGGCUGUGUCUUUCAUCAAGGAAGAGCGGGAUCUACUGGAUCCAGAUCAGAGCCCCAUUUACAAGGAAAUCAAGAUUGAAGAUGGGGGGAACAUGACCUCUCAAGGCAAUCCGCAAGAUGACGAGGAAUAUAAAGAAGAACCCAUGGCUUCAUCACAAGCAAUCAAGCACGAAGCAGAACUAGAGACUUUGGAAAAUCAAAAGAGAGCAAAAAGGCACCAUAGAAAUCUAUCAAAGAAAGAAAUGAAGAAAUCCUCUGCUUCUCCGGGUGCUGACGUUUGUGAGUUCAGGAGACCCCGGAGAAAUUUCAAAGGAAAAGGAAGGCAGAAGUGUUCUGUCUGUGGGAAAGUAAUGAAAUAUAAAUGGCAGUUAAAGAUACAUGGGAGAGUUCACACAGGGGAGAAGCCAUAUCCGUGCCCACAUUGUGGUGAAAACUUCAACACUAGCGGGGCAUGCAUGAAACAUCAAAGAAUUCAUACCGGGGAGAAACCAUAUAAAUGUGCGGAGUGUGGAAAGAGCUUCAGUUUGAGCAGUACAUUUACUUUACACAAAAGAACCCACACAGGGGAGAAACCAUAUCCCUGUGCAGAAUGUGGGAAAAAAUUCAUUGCAAGAUCUGCGCUGACGAUACACCAGAGAACGCACACAGGGGAAAAACCGUAUCCGUGCCUGCAGUGCGGAAUGAGCUUCAAUACUAGCGGAGCGCGUAGGAAGCAUCAAAGGAUCCACACCGGGGAGAAACCAUACACGUGUAUGGAGUGUGGAAAGAGCUUCAGCUUGAGCAACGCCCUUACUUUGCACAAAAGAACGCACACCGGGGAGAAACCAUACACAUGCGCGGAAUGUGGAAAGAGCUUCAUUGCAAGAUCGGCUCUCACGAUACAUCAGAGAACGCACACCGGGGAGAAAAGAUAUCAGUGCUUGCAAUGUGGAAAGAGCUUCAGUGAUAACGGGGGGUAUACGAAACAUCAGCGAACCCAUGAAGGAGAGAGAGCAUAUAAAUGUACGGAGUGCGGAAAGAGCUUCCUUAGAAAUUAUGCCCUGACUUUGCAUAAGAGAACACAUACGGGGGAGAAGCCGUACCAGUGCACAGAAUGUGGAAAGAGUUUUGUUGAUGGUGGGGCGUGUAUUAAGCACGAAAGAACCCACACAGGGGAGAAACCUUAUAAAUGCAUGAAAUGUGGAAAGAGCUUCAGCAACAAUGUAUAUCUACAGUCGCAUGAACGAACUCACACAGGGGAGAAACCCUACAAAUGCACGGUGUGCGGGAAGAACUUUGGUCGGCGUGAAAAUCUGCAUUUGCAUCAAAGGACCCACACAGGAGAAAAACCCUAUAAAUGUACAGAGUGUGGAAAGAGCUUUAGUCGCCGCGAAAAUCUGCAACUACAUCAAAGAACUCACACAGGGGAAAAACCAUUUAAAUGCCUGGAAUGCGGAAAGUGCUUUAGCCGGCGUGAGAAUCUGCACUCACACCAAAGGACUCACACAGGGGAGAAACCAUACAAAUGCACGGAAUGUGGGAAGAGCUUUAGUCGGCGUGGGAAUUUACAUGCCCAUCAAAAAAUCCAUACCGGGGAGAAACCACAUACAUGUACAGAUUGUGGGAAGAGUUUCAGUCGGCGUGGAAAUCUAUACUCACAUCAAAAAACUCACAAGGUGGAAAACCAUAUGAAUGUAUAGACUUCGAGAAGACCUUUAGUUGGCUAAAUGGACUGUAAAUAAUGUACAGUAGAGUCUCACUUAUCCAACAUAAACGGGCCGGCAGAACGUUGGAUAAGCAAAUAUGUUGGAUAACAAGGAGAGAUUAAGGAGAAGCCUGUUAAACAUCAAACUAGCUUAUGAUUUUACAAAUUAAGCACCAAAACAUCAUGUUAUACAACAAAUUUGGCAGAAAAGGUAGUUCAAUGUGCAGUAAUGCUACGUAGUAAUUACUGUAUUUACAAAUUUAGCACCAAAAUAUCACGAUGUAUUGAAAACAUUGACUACAAAAAUGCGUUGGAUAAUCCAGAAUGUUGGAUAAGCGAGUGUUGGAUAAGUGAGACUCUACUGUAUUGGGUUGGCUGGAUAGAAUGUAAAAAAGAAGUUCAGUGAUGGUAUAGUAUUGUGCAUCUAAAGCAGUGGUUCCCAAACUCUAGUUUUCUCAAUGCUUUGGACUUAAUCUCCCAGAUUCUUUGGCAAUUGGCCAAGAUGGCUGAAUCAAAUCAUGAAAUCAGAGUUGGAAGAGAUCUCAGGGGCCACCCAGUUUAACCUCCUCAGGGGGUUCUUAACAUCUUGAGGACCAGAAUCUGGUCACAUCAGGAUAAGACAGGACACACAAGAAAAGGCAACGAUACCUAGGAAGGUAGAAGGCAGUAGAAAAUGAGGAAGAUCAAAUUCCAGAUGCCUCUGGAAUGCCAGGUGGCCAUAAGUUUACAAGACCUGAGGAUGUGAGAGCUAGACUAUAAGGAAGGCUGAGCGAAGGAAGAGAGACGCUUUUGAACUUUGGUGCUGGAGGAAAAUCCGGAGAGUGUCUUGGACCUUGGCAAGAAGAUCCAACCAGUCCAUCCUCCGGGAAAUAAUGCCCAAUGGCUGCUCACUGGAGGGAAGGAGAUUAGAGGCAAAGCUGAAGUAUUUUGGCCACAUCAUCAGGAGACAGGAAAGCUUGGAAAAGACCACGAUGCUGGGGAAAAUGGAAGGAAAAAGGAAGAGAGGCCAACCAAGGGCUAGAUGGAUGGAUGGGAUCCUUGAAGUGAUUGGCAUGAACUUGAAGGAACUGGGGGCGGAGACAGCCAACAGGGAGCUCUGGCCUGGACUGGUCCAUGAGGUCAAAAAAAGUCAGAAACGACUGAACGAAAGAAGAGGAGGAGGAGGAGGAGGAGGAGGAGGAUGAUAGGGUGACUUGGAACUUGUUCAUUCAUUGACUUUGUGGCAAUUUAACAUCUAUGAAUUAUUUGGUUGGCUCAGUAGAUGGAUCCUUGGAACUUUUGGGGAAAAUGUAUGUGUAUUAGGCUUGAGCAAAUUUUUCGUUAGUUCGUUAAAUUCGUUUAAAAUUCGUUUCAUAAUUACUUUUGAAUUGAUAUUGAACCAUCUGCUCACUGCCUUACAAAUAUUACGAAUUUGAAUAAUAAAAGUACCUUUUUUUCAUUUGUUUCUGAUGUCUGUAGCCCCUCUGAGAGGAGAAGCCAUGUUGGCAUGCCUCUCAGCCAAUCAGAGGGAGGGAGAGGCAUGGCCAUCGAUCUGCUAGCAUUUUAAAAAUGCCAUUGAGACGCGCCCCCCCCCCCCCACCACCACCACCACUGGCUCAGUAGAAGCCUUCCGCAUUGCUCUCUCGAAGAGACAUGCCUGCCUGCGCUUGGCCUUCUCCUCUGGAGCCGCGUGUUUGGUUUUGCUUCUUUCCAGACUUUCCAGCCACUGGCUUAAAGGGGAAUACCAGAGCCAGGCAAGCCUUCCUAAACGGAAUCCUUAGAGCCAGAGGAUAUCCCUUUAAGAGAUUCUUUGAUUCUAUGUGUGUUUGGAUUCAAUUUUGACUGUUUGCAAUAUUGAAUCAUAUUUGGCCAUAUAACUCCCAGAGAGAGCUACACUUACAUUGUCAUUUUCAACUGGGCAGCUUAAGCCAACACGUAACAGCUGGAACUUUGAUCUUGAAAUGGUCCGGACUUUUGAUCACUGAAGAUACUGGAAUCUCAAGCAGCUACAGCAGUGGUUCUCCCUUUACAGAAAACACUUCCUCAUCAAUUUACUAUUGAUAGAAUAGUUAUCACAAAGAGACAGGAUUCUUGUGCACAAGCUUUUCAUUGUCACCUUUAAAAGUGGAGAAAUGUACUAGUGGAAUCUCACAUAAAUUGAAUCAAUGGUUU